GGUACCUUGACAACUCCGCGCUGCAACACACGACACCCUCGACACGCCGCAAUCAUGGUCGGACAGGACAUGCCGCCCACGGGCGGCUACGAGCCCGUACAAUACCGCCGAAACCUGCCAGUUCGUGGCUUCAGACCCGCCUAUCUCCUCGUUGGAGUCGCUGGUAUCAUGACUUAUGGCUUUUGGAGACUGGGGCAGGGAAUCAGGGAGCAAAACGAACUUGCACGAGAGAAGAUGUGGUCGCGCAUUCACCUUAUUCCACUAUUACAAGCCGAGGAGGACCGAGAUGUGGUGCGAAGAGAUCUAGCGCAGAAGGCAAUGGAGAAGGAGCUGCUGGGCAAGGAGGUGCCUGUAUACAAUAAGGAUCGAUUCGUGCGGCCGACAUACGCGGUCACUCCUUCAAAUGUGACAAAGUAGGGCCAUUACAGAGAUCCACUGCACAGAGGAGUGCCAUGUAUAUACUGGAAGGAGUCAUGGAGCCAGGACAGCCGGAAUCGGCUCCGGCGUGCAUCCACUGCUAUGAAUUCUACUUUUGUUGACAUAUUAGUCCGAGCAGCCCUGAUUUGGGCGGGCUGGGCGCAAUUCCCGAUGCAGCAGAGCUGACACAGAUACAGCAACGCUAGUACACAGGAUCGAUGGGCAGACUGUGCCGAUAGGCACUUGGCGAAGCUGAAUGGAAUGUCUUGAAGAUCAAGCUGGACCUGCAAAGGUUUGGUGAGGCGCAUGUCAGAGAAACUCUGGCAGACUUGGAGAAUGAGAAGGGCGCUGUGUAUGUACGAGUGUGCGAGGUAAGAUAUGGCCAAGUGUGGCGGGUCCACCACAAAUCCCGGUUCAACGACUGUUUGCCAGAACAAUCGCUAGGGAGCAUACCAAAUAGACCCUUCCUGACUCACGAGGCUGACUGAGGCCCGGAACUUGCGAGGGACUACGGGGGAAAGGCAUCUCUUUCUCCAAAAGACCAGGAGGCUCCCUGCUUCUCAACUCAGCGAAGAAGCAAAACAGCGCCGCAAAGACCUGUUUGAGACGCGACUAUACGCAGAGCUUCUGUUGAUGAUUCGCGAUGCCCCAGGCACGAAUGGAUGCUUCUGUCUGAACUGUGUUUACCCCCUGCAAGUCCAGUUUCCGCAAUCAACCUUGACUGUACAAUCGCAAACGCCUUCCUCGUCAGAGUCAUAUAUAGCGCUGCUCGGCGCCUCUUGCAACAUCGCACGAAC